CUUUUCCCACCUUAGUAAUAAGUAGCAGUAAUAAUUCGCCAUAAAGUGGUAGAGAACGAGGGGCGAGAGAACCGCGAUCUCUCCCUGGAACUCCCUUAUAAAAACACUGCUCGCCGGCUUUCCUCUGCUCACAGCCUCCCUCCAAGCUAGCUAGCUAUCCUUUUUCCUUUUCCUCAAACCCACACAUUUCUCCCAAGGAAUCAAAUACCAGACUUUUCCUUCCUUCCUUGGAUCUCUAUCUCUCUUCCCCCUCCAGAAGAAAUAGAGGGGCUGAAAUUAGGGGAGAAAGGAAGAAGCCGCCCAAAAGGACAGGCGGUUAAGGAGGUCAGAGAGGGGGAGGGAGGGGAGAAUCAGAGAGGAGGUUUCUUUCUUCACACGCGCACACACUCGCUCGCUCCCUUUCCUCCCUCCGCGUGCUUUGCGCAUUUCAACACUAAUGCUCUUAAUUUCUUUUCCGCUUUUCGUCCAGGCAUCGAAGCGCGCAUUUAAUUCUAGUUCGGCCGCUACGCGAGGUGGUCGGACGCUCGAGAGAGAGCUCCGUCAGUGGUUUGCUGGCCGUGUUAAAGGAGGACGAGGAGGAGUGCGUCAAGAAAAGAUAAAAACGAAAGAGAGAAGGGUAGGAUUGAAUCUAGUCUCCAGUCUCCUCUCCUUCAAAGUUCAAAUCCCCUCUCUCGGUGAUCGGUACUUUUCUCGGCCUUCGCUCCGUCUGCUGGUGGUGGUGCUGCCGGAGAAGAGAAGAGGGCAAGGGAUCUUGGCGUCAGAGAGGUGACAGAGCAAGGACGAAAAGAUGCUGUCGCAGAAGCAAGCGGAGGAGGCCAUCGUGGCCAGCUUCAACGAGACGGAGCAGGACGGGAACGGCAAGGAGGAGGAGGAGGAGAGGGCGGAGGAGCCGCAGCCCAUGUUCAGCAUGAAGAGCCUCCUCUGGCACGGUGGCUCCGUCUGGGACGCCUGGUUCAGCUGCGCCUCCAAUCAAGUGGCCCAGGUUCUGUUGACGCUGCCCUACUCGUUCUCGCAGCUGGGGAUGCUGUCCGGGGUGCUGCUCCAGCUGUUCUACGGUUUCAUGGGCAGCUGGACGGCCUACCUCAUCAGCGUUCUCUACGUCGAGUACCGCACCCGCAAGGAAAAGGAGAACGUCAGCUUCAAGAAUCACGUCAUCCAGUGGUUCGAGGUGCUGGAUGGGCUGCUGGGCCCUUACUGGAAAGCCAUCGGUCUGGCCUUCAACUGUACCUUCCUCCUCUUCGGCUCCGUUAUCCAGCUGAUCGCUUGUGCCAGUAACAUUUACUACAUCAACGACCGGCUGGACAAGAGGACGUGGACGUACAUAUUCGGCGCCUGCUGCGCAACCACGGUGUUCAUCCCUUCGUUCCACAACUACCGGAUAUGGUCCUUCCUUGGUCUGGGCAUGACCACCUACACCGCCUGGUACCUCACCGUCGCCGCUCUCGUCAACGGCCAGGUUGAAGGCGUGGCGCACUCGGCUCCCGCAAAGCUGGUCCUCUACUUCACCGGCGCCACCAACAUACUCUACACUUUCGGCGGCCACGCCGUCACCGUGGAGAUCAUGCACGCGAUGUGGAAGCCCCAGAAGUUCAAGUACAUAUACCUGGUGGCGACGCUAUACGUGUUCACGCUGACGCUACCGUCGGCAGCGGCCAUGUACUGGGCAUUCGGGGACCAGCUGCUGACUCACUCCAACGCCUUCUCUCUGCUGCCCAAGUCGCGGUUCAGGGACGCCGCGGUGAUCCUGAUGCUGAUCCACCAGUUCAUCACCUUCGGAUUUGCGUGCACGCCCCUCUACUUCGUGUGGGAGAAGGUGAUCGGCAUGCAUGACACCAAGAGCAUCUUCCUGCGCGCGCUGGCCCGUCUCCCCGUGGUUAUCCCCAUCUGGUUCCUCGCCAUCAUCUUCCCCUUCUUCGGGCCCAUCAACUCUACCGUCGGGGCCCUCCUCGUUAGCUUCACCGUCUAUAUCAUCCCUUCCCUCGCCCACAUGCUCACCUACCGCAAGGCCUCUGCCAGACAGAACGCGGCGGAGAAGCCACCCUUCUUCAUGCCUAGCUGGACCGCCAUGUACGUGUUGAACGCGUUCGUGGUGGUGUGGGUGCUGGUGGUGGGGUUCGGGCUCGGCGGGUGGGCCAGCAUGGUCAAUUUCGUCAGACAGGUGGACACCUUUGGGCUCUUCGCCAAGUGCUACCAGUGCCCCAAGCCCCCCGUCGCGGCGCCCCCACCACAGCAGCACUGAGCGGCCAUGGAUUCAAAUAAAAAACCAUAUAAACUCCCCACCCAACUCAAUUAUACCAAAAGUCCUCCGAUUGCUCUUUUGGGUUUUUGUCCCCUGUAAUAUACAAAAGGGGAAGCAACCAAAGUGUGGGCUUUCCUGCUACUGGCAUUCGAGAUGUCUGCUUUCCUUUGGAUUUCUUUUCUUUGGUUCUUCUUCAUAUGGCUUGCUUUUUUUUCCUUCUCUCUCUCUCUUUUUCUUCUUCUAAUUUGAUAAUAUAAAUUUAAGUUUGAUGGUA